AUGGCCGGUCCACUACUGAUCGUGAUCAAUUGCCCACAAUUCGGACGAUUGAUCCCGUACGGUGCGCACUGUCUACACCGUCUUGUGCUUGCCUCCGAGCUCGUUGAUGGUAUAAAUUGGAUCCAGUCAACCUUGCUGAUGUCCCAUGUGAUUCGAGCUCUCAAACAAACUUUACUUCCAGUGUUUUUCUGCCCGUUUCUGCCGGACCAGACCGAGGUUUCUCGUCACGUGACCCGAUUAAAACAAGCAAUCAUCGAUGAAGAUGUGGACCUGACGGUUCUGUCCGCUCUGUUCGAACUGCUGACAGCCUGUGCUGUGAUCCUCUUCAACUCACCAUGUGCACAACUGACCGAGGAAGAACAGAGUCAGUUGGAUGAACUAUUUCGUACGGGAUUGGUCAAUCUAUUCACCGCGCUAGUCGCUUAUUGGCCAUGCGAAUGUUGCCGACAGAAACACUUUGGCUCACCCGAUCCUGAUAACUGGAUGGUCAAAGAUGAUGCUCCGUGUGGCACCCUGUGGAACGAAUUGGACGAGGAAGUGAUCUACACUAGUGAGAUCAUUCUUCGAUGUGCAUUUCUACUGUCUACCCGAUCCAAAAAAGCAUGUCAGCGUCUAUUUGUGUUCCACGAGGACUUGGCACGUGUAUUGAUCCAAUUUUCCCUUAGCAUAACGCAAUGUCGAAGUACCACACUUCCUAGUCUGACCACCAAAUGUGUGAUUUACGCAUUGAGACUGCUGGGUCGCAUAUUCAGUGCUUCGAAUCCGCACCGCUUAAGCUGUUCAACAGAUUCGAAUCUGAUGAUACAAUCCACAACGCGAUUAGCUUGUUGGCUAUCAUGUCAUAUGGAUUGGAGUCUGUGCGCAGCUGAGGUGUGUUCGACUCUAGCCAAUUCGGUUGCCUAUCUCACCCCAUGCAUCGUGUCACUUUGGGGUGAGGUCGACAAACCCAUAUCACAGUCCUUGCUAACUCGUUGCAUUCUCCCCAGCCUGAACUCAUCUGUUGCAUGUGGUGAAGCCUUGCGUCUGAUCUGUAACAUGUUCACCGUGGCACACCACACAACAACUGUCCCCAUUUCCAACUUGUGUUGGUCCCAUCCAGUCGGACGUGAACUACUCCUGCGAUUGGAUCGGUUUGCUCGUGAACUGGAUACUCUUCGACCGUACCUCCCGAGUCCCAGUUCUGAACCGGAUUGGAUGCUGUGCUCGACUCGACAACUGUUCAAGUUAUGCGAACUGUUCCUAAACUGUGCUCACACCGACAAACAACUGAUUGAUUUAUUAUCCUCGGUACUUCCCACUCUGUACGAUUUCUGUACCCGACUGGAUCGCGGCACGGCGAUCGGAUAA